AUGAGCACCCCAGCCUCGUCCUCUGGCUGCUCGACGCCAUCGUCCUUCACCGGCGGCGGCCUCAUGGCCCGCCGCACCAAGCAACGAUCAGCUUACUACUUCGCGUAUGGCUCUAACUUAUCACCGACGCAGAUGGAACAGCGCUGCCCGGGAAGCGUCGCCAAGGGCCUCGCGCUUCUGCCAGACUGGAGCUUCAUCGUCAACGAGCGCGGAUUCGCCAACGUGAUGCCCACGGGCGCGCUGGCACAUGAGGUCGAGGUGAUGCGUCGCAAAGGGGCCCUGUCGCCCGUCGCCGAAUCUCUCAACAUCGGCGCCGAGGAAGGCGUCUGGGGCGUCCUGUACCACCUGUGCCCUGAGGAUGAAAAGAUGCUGGACAUCACCGAGGGCGCGGGCUUUGCGUGCAUCAAGUACUAUGCCGACGUCGAGGUGCUGCUGCCGGCCCGCCCGAGGUCUGCUGGCUCAUCCUCGACGGCGUCGAGCCAGACCGAAACGGAAGCCGAGGGUCUUAGUUACAGGGUCCCCGCACUCAUCUACGUCGAUCGCCAUCGUGUCAAGCCCAGCAUGCCCAGGGAGGACUAUAUCGCAAGGAUGAAUCGAGGCAUCGAAGAAGCACAGGCCCGGUACGGCUUACCCGAGGGUUAUGUGCAGAGGGCUAUUAGACCAUUCAUUCCUACGCGUUGA